AUGACAACAGUAUUUCGUUCAUGUUUACCUCAGUUUUAUUCUAAUACAAAUCAAUCAAUAUCUAAUGAACACUUAUUACAUAAAACAAAUUCAAUCAUUUCACUUAACGAUGAACAACUUGAUGAAGAUUCAAUGGAUUCUUCAUCGAUAAGAACUAAUCAAAAUAUAAUUAAAUCUACAACAACGACUGCAAUUUCUCAAUUACAUUCUUCUUCGUCUCAAAAUGAAUUAGUAAAUAAUGAUUUAAUUCAAGAAAAACAAUGUAAACAAACAAAAAUAUCUCAUUUAAAAAAUCAUAAUAAUACGAAAAUAACUAAAAAACGUGGUCCUUGUUAUUCACGUAUCAAUGAAAAAUCUAAAACAUUACUGACACGUAUUGCUGAUACUAUUUUUGGUGAUCAUAGAGCUAACAGUAAUCAAAAUAAAAUAAAACAAACAAAUCGUACAUCAAAAAAAUCUAUUCUUCCAUCGAAAUCUAAAAUUAAAAAACAAUUCGAAGAUAAUGAGCAAACUUUACGUUCACUUGUUACACUUCUUACACAAAUUGAAUCUAAUGUAAAAUUAACAACAUCGAAUGAAAAUCAUAAUCUUCCUAUUGAAAAAGAAGAAGCUCGAAAUAAUAAUCGAUUGGAUGAUACAUCUUCGUCUUAUUCAAAUGAUACUUAUCAGCAUAAAUCCAAAGCGAAAACUAAUCAUCAACAUUCAUCGAUAUCUAAACAUUAUACAAAAAAAUCACAUAAUAGUAAAAGAAAACAAUCUGAAGACGAUACUCUUAGUUCUUCAUCAAUUACUUCACAUUAUUUAUCACAAUCGUCACCUAGUAAUCGAAGAAAAAUGGUUGAUAAUCAACAACAAACUCAAAUCUAUCCAACAAAAAUAAAUACUGGAACAUCAACACAAUUAAAUAAUACAAACGAUACAAUUACAACAGAACCAUCAUGGUUAGAUGUCAUGCGGGAAGAUCAAACAACAAUUAAUGCAUGGGCUCGUAUUAGACGUCGACUUAAACCUCAUCAACAAAAAGAUAUUCUCAGAGCAUUAAUGAUUAUCUGUGCUAAUCUAUUCGAAGUACCAAUUGAAAACAAACAUAUGUAG